AUGCCCCAGUGGCUAUGUCAUUGCGACAACCUCAAAAAUCGUGGCACGAACUAUGACAGAGACUGUCGCAACAUGCUGUCCAGUCGGUCGAGCCAGGCUCACAGUAAACUUUCAACUUGGUUUUCUAGGGACCUUGAUUCAAAAAACACGUACUCCAUUCGACCGAGCGACGCAACGGAUUCAGGGUUCUGGUGGGCGACUGAGGUGUGUGCCUGGGGACCUGCGGCGGGCACUAUGACGCGAUAUGCCUAUAUGUCGUUCGACACGGAUGGGAAGGAGACGAGUAUGACUGGUGCUAUGAGCAGCCCAGGCUCGUUCAAUGCUUAUGGUGUGGAGGUCCGAUGGCAGUCAACGGAUUUCACCACCCCGCAAGCCACUGUGGCCAUGACUACCACCACACAAGCUACGCCAACCCAGACACAGAGCUCCACAGGAAGCUCAUCCAGCCUCAGCACGGGCGCGAAAGCCGGCAUCGGCGUGGGUGUCGCUGCCGGGGUGGUUUUAGCAGUGGCCCUUGCGCUGGGCCUACUAUGGUCCCGGCGACGAAGACACCAACAGCCCAAUGCGACGCACGGCCAGCCUGGGAAUCCCGAUUACAAUGGACUGCCUGAAUUGAGUGGCACAAGAGAUAAACCCCUCACUUAUGAAAAGGCAGAGUUACCAGCCAACCCUGCACAAAAUCAGAUAGAACUAUUUGAGCUGGACGGGCAACAUCCCAGAUGA